GUCUUCAGAUGACAUCAUUAGACUAAACUUUGCAACAUGGCGACAGAUCUCACUGAUGAGGUUGAGGCAAUGGAAAAGACGAACCAAGCUUCACAUCCCGGAUUUAGCAACGAGAAGUAUUCUUUGCUUGUCAUCGUCGGGGAGCACAGCCGGGCGGGAUUUGUGGAUUUCGUGGUUGCAGAGAUUGAGCGAGGCCUGCGCUCGUGGGGGGUGGACCUGAAGGCCUGUAACCUGGACGAGCAGCUCAAGCUCUUCAUCUCCAGACACUCCGCCUUAUUCUCCGACCAAGUCAAAGGACAGAGGACUCUGCAGCACAGUGGUGACGUUCUGGACACACAGGUGGUUGUGAAUCCGUCCCAAUCUCUGGUUUCAUCUGAGGUCCGGAGGCUUAUCUCUGAUGAGUCGCGCCACAAGCUGCUGAUUCUUGCGGGGCAGUGUGUCGAGCGGUCAGGUGACCUCGUGCUGCAGACUGGGAGCUUUUCUCUCGAUGACUUCAUCCAGAUAUUUGCAGACGAGGAGAUCGGUGAGCUGCUGAGCUCUGCAGACCCAACACAGAAGGCGACGCUGACUCUGAGCUGUCCCAGUACGGGCACGUGGAAGAACUCUGUGCUGGAGAAACACAACCUGCAGGACUUCAUCGAGAUCAAGAUCAACCCCACCGCCACGCUGCCCGAGAUGGAGGGCCUGCAGGAGUUCACGGAGUACCUCUCCGAGUCCCUGGAGCCGCAGUCACCCUUCGAGCUCCUCGAACCGCCGAGCACCGUUGGCUUCCUCAAGCUCUCCCGCCCCUGCUGCUAUAUCUUCCCAGGGGGUCGAGGGGACUCUGCCUUUUUCGCCGUUAAUGGAUUUAACGUCCUGGUGAACGGAGGAUCCGAUUCACGCUCCUGCUUCUGGAAGUUGGUCAGGCAUUUGGACCGGGUCGACUCCAUAUUGCUCACACACAUUGGCGUAGACAACCUGCCCGGUGUGAACAGCCUCCUCCAGAGAAAAGCAGCUGAGCUUGAGGAGGAGCAGCAGGGCACUGGCUCCCAGGCCAACGAGGACUGGCUGAAAAAUCAGAUUUCUCCAGAAAUCGGGGUGGUUUUCCUGAAUGCCCCAGAGAGACUGAAAACACUCCAAGGCGACCCCAAAGUACUCCGAAGCUGUGACCAGGCAGCGCUCACCUUACAGCAUCUGCAGAAGCUGUCCAUUACUCCAGAGCAUCUCUCGCGCUCCAGCGGCCCAACGAUUGAACCGGUCAUCCUCUUCCAGAAGAUGGGAGUCGGCCGGCUAGAGCUGUACGUGUUGAACCCAGUCAAAGGGAGCAAAGACCUGGAGGCCCUCAUGCAGUCCUGGCCAAACAAUGGUGCCAAUCCAAAGGGCUCUGACCUGCCGUUGCCCUGCCUUGCCUCUAUCUGUGCCCUUCUGGUUUGGCAUCCUGCCAGCCCACACGAGAAGAUCAUCCGGGCCCUCUUCCCCGGAUGCACGCCCCAGAGUAAAAUUCUGGAAGGGUUCGAAAAACUGAAGCACCUGGACUUCCUCAAACACCCUGUUGUGAGUUUGAAGGACCUCGAGACGUCCAAGUCGGAUAAACAGCCAAAGCGUGCUGAAAGCAAAGAAAGCCUCAAGUCCCUUCCCAGGGACACGAGACCAGCAAGUGCCUCUGUGAAGGAUAAGUUGGCCCGUACUGAUGUGAAAAAGCUGGACCCUAAGUCCAAGACCAAAGCUGCAGGCGAAACAAGUGCGUCUAAGGAUGGUAAGGAUGAGGACAAAGCAAAACCAAGAGACAGUGAGACGAAACUAAAGCUGUCAAAGGUCGACAAGCCUUUGACAAAGAAGGAGCCUGUGAAAGAUGAAAAGAAAGAAGUACGUAGUAAGGAAGCCAAGCCAAGUGUUGCCAAGAAAGAAGAGAGCAUGGAGAAAAAGAAGGAGAUAGUCAAGAAGGACCUUAGUCUAAAACCAAAGAAGGACUUGAAACCUGAAGUGAAGAAAGAAAUUAAGAAAGAAGUCAAACCUGAAGAAAAGAAACCAGCCAAAGCCCCUGCCAAAAGGGUCUCCACAGCGGGGGCAUCAGCUACGGCUAAGACCACAGUGAAGAAUGGCACCCUGAAAAAGGAUCAAGGUACUCUUAAGAAGGAAUCAGCAAAAGGGGCCAAGUCCAAGCCUGACAAGAAAGAUCUGGGAAAUCUAAAGGUCCCCUCUUCCUCAGAGGGGGAAGCAGAUCGCUCCAAAAUGUCCACGCCCGAAGACAUGACUGAAGAGUUUGAGAAGUUGAAAUUGGAAAAUGAGCAAGGCUCAGUAAACACUACAACAGGAAGUGAAGCUAAACAGUCAAAAGAAGUAAAUGGCGUUGGAGCAGGUGCUAACACUGGGGAAAGCCCAGAGAAAUUCAGAUGCAUGGAUACACUACCCGCUCCCAGCCAGUCAGCGGAUCCCACCUCACCUCUUGCAAGGACACCAAAGAGUGAGCGCAGCGUCAACUUCGACCUGACGCCAACCGAACACAGAAUUGGUCCGGAGGACGGGUGUGUGAGUUCAGAGGAGAAAACCCUGGAGAUGGUGUCCCCUCCAGGCUCGGGGCAGAACAGUGCUGGCCACACACCUUUCCACCAGUCUCCCGACGAGGAUGCCCAGGGCUCCGGUGAGGACAGCAGUUUAGGCGGGAAAGUUCCCAGCCUCAGUCUGGAGGACAGUCACGCCCCAGGGUCCAACAAGACGUCAGACGCAGGCUGCUCCAGAAGCAACCUGGAGAACAACUCCACCUCCUCCCAGGACAAACAGUCCAGCUUCCUCUCUCUCAGCUCCUUCAACAUGAUGGCCGACGGUCCCUCCUUCACGUCCUUGCCUGCCGAGGUUGGCUCGCCACAUUCUACUGAGGUUGACGAGUCCUUAUCUGUGUCCUUCGAGCAGGACAUGGGGGACAGGACGUUCUCCAACGGCCACCUGGUGGAUCCGGAUUCCAAAGCGGGCAUGUCUCUACCCCUAAAGGCGUGUCACAACAUGCGCUCGUCAGGAGAUGGGUGCGACGAGAGAGGCUCUGGUCCUCAGGGGCUCUUCCCCGACCUCCCUCCCCACGAUGUGGACCUGUGCCUGGUCUCGCCCUGCGAGUUCCAGCACCACAAGUCCCCAGAGGGCCUGACUCCAGGGCACCCCGCCAGCCCUCACGAUCUCUCGGACGAGAGCGACUCGCAGGAGCUGGUCAAGCCUGUGUGCUGCAACAACAACAACGACGACCAGCUCACACCCCAGGGUGCGAACACACCGCCAACGUCCGCCAGCGAGUCUCUUCCUACGGGCACGGACUCAGACGUGCCCCCAGCCACUGGGGACUGCCCCUCCAUCAGCGAAGACACCUUGGAUUCGGACGAGGACGACUCCGGCGACAUCUUCCCACCCCAGCAAGCUCACGACCAUCCCACCCCUCACUCCUCCCACCGAAAGGGUCCGCUCUCGUCCCCGGACCCGCCUCCAGCCCCCAUGAAGGACCUGCCCCCCCUCCCGCCACAGCCUGGCGCCUGCAUGGCCGACCCUGACGCAGAUGCCCAGGCCAAGAAGAGCACCGCCAAAGGCAAGAAGCCUGCUAGCGCCACCCAGAGGCUAUCCACAAACAGCACGGCAGCAGGGGGCAAAGCGAAGAGUGGCCUGGGAACAGGAGGGGGCACGCUGAAGGCCACCUCUACCCUGGACACCAGGCCUGCUUCACGUGGUGGCGCUGGGAGUGGAUCACGGCCAUCUACUGCAAAGCCCUCUUCCUCAGGCUCUGCGGGCUCCAAGGCCUCUGCGGCGCCGGUGUAUUUGGACCUGGCCUACCUGCCCUCAGGCACAGCAGCGCCAUCUGUGGACGUGGAGUUGUUCCGCCGCCUGCGCUCGUCCUGCUACAUCGUGAGUGGACACGACCCGCAGAAGGAGGCGGUCAUGAGGAGCAUCCUGGACGCCCUGCUGGAGGGCAAAACCGCAUGGACAGAUGUGCAGGUGACGCUUAUCCCCACGUUUGACUCGCUGGCGAUGCACGACUGGUACCAGGAGACGCACGAGCGCCAGCGAGAGCUGGGCAUCACCGUCCUGGGCAGCAACAGCACCGUGGCCAUGCAGGAUGAGACCUUCCCAGCAUGCAAAGUGGAGUUCUGAGUUCCGAGUUCUGAGACGCCCCGCGGAACAGAAGGAGAGCUUUUUGUUUUGUUUUGAUUGUUGUUGUUUGUUUUAAAGAAGACGAUGAACGGAUCCUUUCCCCCUGCAGCGUUGUAGUUGAGAGGCUCUGUUAGGGGGGGAUGACCGCUGUGAUACCCAAGAAACUUGUAGUAGAGAGGCUCUGUGAUGAUACCCAAGUGAAAUGUACGUAGAGAGGUGCCCUGAUGAUACCCAAGUGAAAUGUACGUUGAAGGAAGAAGGUGAAGGUCGUAGAAUUUC